AUCACCUCAUAUACCCUCCACUAUCCUCCCGCCCUUCGAUUGAAUCGAUUGGGGUCCUCCUAUACUCCUUUUUUAAUAUCUGUAUUAUUUUGUUCUUUUAAUCACACUUCACAAUGCUGUCCUCCCGUAUCUCCCGCGCGCUCCCGCGCACCACCUCUUUCGCUCGCGCUCCUGCCUUCAGAGUUCCCGGUGCUUCUCUCCGGAGAUGGAACUCUACCGAGGGAGGAGAGGAGAAGGUGAAGGGCUCGGUCAUCGGUAUUGACUUGGGUACCACCAACUCCGCUGUUGCCAUCAUGGAGGGCAAGACCCCUAAGAUCAUUGAGAACACCGAAGGUGCCAGAACCACCCCUUCCGUCGUCGGUUUCGCCCAGGACGGUGAGCGCCUGGUCGGUAUUGCCGCCAAGCGUCAGGCCGUUGUCAACCCCGAGAACACUCUCUUCGCCACCAAGCGUCUCAUCGGUCGCAAGUUCACCGACGCUGAGGUCCAGCGUGACAUCAAGGAGGUCCCCUACAAGAUCGUUCAGCACACCAACGGCGAUGCCUGGGUUGAGGCCCGUGGCCAGAAGUACUCUCCCUCCCAGAUUGGUGGUUUCGUCCUCAACAAGAUGAAGGAGACUGCCGAGAACUACCUCAGCAAGCCCGUCAAGAACGCUGUCGUCACCGUCCCCGCCUACUUCAACGACUCUCAGCGUCAGGCCACCAAGGACGCUGGUCAGAUUGCUGGUCUCAACGUUCUCCGUGUCGUCAACGAGCCCACUGCCGCCGCUCUUGCCUACGGUCUUGAGAAGGAGGCCGACCGUGUUGUCGCCGUCUACGAUCUUGGUGGUGGUACUUUUGAUAUCUCCGUUCUCGAGAUCCAGAAGGGUGUCUUUGAGGUCAAGUCCACCAAUGGUGACACCCACCUUGGUGGUGAGGACUUCGACAUCACCCUCGUCCGCCAGAUCGUCCAGCAGUUCAAGAAGGAGUCUGGUCUCGACCUCUCCGGCGACCGCAUGGCUAUCCAGCGUAUCCGUGAGGCUGCCGAGAAGGCCAAGAUUGAGCUGUCCUCUUCUCUCCAGACUGAGAUCAACCUGCCUUUCAUCACUGCUGAUGCCAGCGGUGCCAAGCACAUCAACCACCGCAUGACCCGUGCCGGUCUCGAGUCUCUGGUUGACCCCCUCAUCAGCCGCACCAUCGAGCCCGUGCGCAAGGCCCUUAAGGAUGCCAACCUCCAGUCCAGCGAGAUCCAGGACAUCAUCCUGGUCGGUGGUAUGACCCGUAUGCCCAAGGUCACCGAGUCCGUCAAGUCCAUGUUCGGCCGUGAGCCCGCCAAGUCCGUCAACCCCGAUGAGGCUGUUGCCAUCGGUGCUGCCAUCCAGGGUGCCGUUCUUGCCGGUGAGGUUACCGACGUUCUCUUGCUGGAUGUCACCCCCCUGUCUCUCGGUAUCGAGACCCUCGGUGGUGUCUUCACCCGUCUGAUCAACCGCAACACCACCAUCCCCACCAAGAAGUCCCAGACCUUCUCCACCGCCGCUGAUUUCCAGACUGCUGUCGAGAUCAAGGUGUUCCAGGGUGAGCGUGAGCUCGUCAAGGACAACAAGCUCCUCGGAAACUUCCAGCUGGUCGGCAUCCCUCCUGCCCACCGUGGUGUCCCCCAGGUCGAGGUCACCUUCGACAUCGACGCUGACUCCAUUGUCCACGUCCACGCCAAGGACAAGUCCACCAACAAGGACCAGUCCAUCACCAUUGCCUCUGGCUCCGGUCUCUCCGACUCCGAGAUCCAGUCUAUGGUUGAGGAUGCCGAGAAGUACGGUGCCUCCGACAAGGAGCGCAAGGCCGCCAUUGAGGCUGCCAACCGUGCCGACAGUGUCGUGAACGACACCGAGAAGGCCCUCAAGGAGUUCGAGGACCGCCUCGACAAGGCCGAGGCCGAGCAGAUCCGCGAGAAGAUCUCCACUCUCCGCGAGUUCGUUGCCCAGAACCAGGGUGGUGAGGGUACCGCCACCGCCGAGGAGUUCAAGCAGAAGACCGACGAGCUCCAGAACGCCAGCCUGACCCUCUUCGACAAGAUGCACAAGGCCCAGAACGAGCAGCAGCAGCAGCCUCCCGCUGGCGAGGGCGAGAAGAAGGCCUAAAUGUACUACUACUGAACGUCCGAAGGGCUGACGCAGCCCGGGCUUCUUGUAUUUCUCACUUCUUUUAUUCCCUAGAGCCUUUUCUCUUUUCUUCGAUGUUUUAACAUGCAUGAUAUGUAUACAUACCUGAUAGCUCUGCUCGAUCUAUCUUUGCUUCGGUGUACGGGUGUUUUUUUUCUUUUUUUUUAUCUGUGGGCUUUACCUCUUUUCCUUUCUCCAAUCCCCUCUUCAUACCUCUUGGGUCACGGGUGAGCGUUUGCGAUUCUUUGACAGGAUGGCCAUCCGUUGGGACGGAUGCAUGGAGUCUGCAUUUUGUAACUUAAUGACAUUACGCUGGUGGGCCACGAAAAAGGAUGUGGUGGGCUGGAACUUGUGACAAUAGAUCAGGAAAUUCUCCUCUCGA